UUUAAGUGCUACAACAUCUAGAAUCGAUUACUACAGCCGGACUGGAUGUCAGUUACUGCGGUGUUGUGUAGCUAACAAAAACACAAAAUCAUGUUCGUCAGACAGCUGUUAAAAUAAUAUUUCCUGUAACAACAGGUGUUCAUAUGUAUAUGUUUUAACCCAGUGCAGGGACUGAAAUCCUCUCUAACCGUGUGGGCUGUGUGUAUGCUGAACUCCGCGGACUGUUUUUGUGCUGCUACGGGGCCCUGUCUCAAAGCCAGCCGCUAGCAGGGGCUUACAAAGCCGUCCGGGGGAUUUCAUGUUGAAGUCGUCCGGUUGUUAGUGAAAACUGGGUGUUUUCCCGUCGGAAGAUGGACACUGAUAAAUUCAACUAUGUUUACAGUUGUGACUUGGAUAUCAACGUUCAACUUAAGAUAGGCAGUUUAGAAGGUAAGCGAGAGCAGAAGAGCUACAAAGCACUGCUUAAAGACCCUAUGCUGCGGUUCUCUGGCCUCUACCAAGAGAAUUGCUCCGACCUCUACGUUACCUGUCAAGUGUUUGCAGAAGGAAAACCGCUCGCCUUACCUGUCCGUACCUCGUACAAAGCAUUCAGCACACGAUGGAACUGGAACGAGUGGCUGCGGCUGCCAGUCAAGUACCCAGACCUUCCCCAAAGUGCCCAGGUUGCACUCACGGUUUGGGACAUAUAUGGGCCUGGCAGAGCUGUACCUGUGGGGGGCACUACUGUCACUCUGUUUGGCAAGUAUGGUAUGUUCAGACAAGGCAUGCAUGACCUGAAAGUUUGGCCAGGUGUAGAGGGAGAUGGAGGAGAGCCCACCACCACACCAGGACGCACCAGCAGCAGCCUGGCAGAGGACCAGAUGGGCAGGCUUGCCAAGCUGACGAAGGCCCAUCGACAGGGUCACAUGGUGAAGGUGGACUGGCUGGACCGGUUGACCUUCAGAGAGAUCGAAAUGAUCAAUGAGAGUGAGAAACGCAGCUCUAACUUCAUGUACCUCAUGGUGGAAUUCCCUCGUGUCAAAACAAAUGAUAAAGAUUACAGUAUCGUCUACUAUGAAAAGGAUGGAGACGACACAUCACCCAUUCUUACCAGCUGCGACAUCGUCAAAGUUCCUGACCCUCAGAUGGGGAUGGAGAACCUGGUGGAGAGCAAGCACCACAAACUGGCCCGUAGCCUCCGCAGUGGGCCGUCAGAUCACGACCUGAAGCCCAACGCUGCAACACGUGACCAGCUAAAUAUCAUCGUGAGUUACCCACCAACCAAGCAGCUGAGCUCUGAAGAGCAGGACCUGGUGUGGAAGUUCAGAUACUACCUCACCACACAGGAGAAGGCUUUAACUAAGUUCCUCAAGUGUGUUAACUGGGAUUUGCCCCAGGAGGCUAAGCAGGCUUUAGAGCUACUGGGGAAGUGGAGGCCCAUGGAUGUGGAGGAUUCCUUGGAGUUGCUGUCGUCCCAGUUCACCAACCCGACGGUCAGACGCUACGCUGUGGCUCGGCUGCAGCAGGCUGAUGAUGAGGACCUGCUGAUGUAUCUUCUGCAGCUGGUUCAGGCGCUCAAAUAUGAGAACUUCGGUGAUAUUCAGGGAGGCCUGGAGCCAGGCAGCAAGAGACACAGCCAGGGACUUUCAGAUGACUCGGCACUGGACAGUUCCCAGAUUCUGUCUGGCACAUCUGUAUCCUCCACUGCUCCACAGAAAGGCAAGGAAGGAGCUGACAGUGAGAGCCUGGAGCAAGACUUGUGUACAUUCCUCAUCUCCCGUGCCUGCAAAAACUCCACACUUGCCAACUACUUGUAUUGGUAUGUGAUCGUUGAGUGUGAAGAUCAGGACACACAGCAGAGAGAUCCUAAAACCCAUGAGAUGUACCUGAAUGUCAUGAGGAGGUUCAGUCAGGCUUUACUCAAGGGGGAUAAGUGUGUGAGGGUGAUGCGGUCACUCUUGGCCGCCCAGCAGACAUUUGUAGACAAACUGGUGCAGCUGAUGAAAGCCGUGCAAAGGGAGAGUGGGAAUCGCAAGAAGAAGACGGAGCGCCUGCAGGCUCUGCUGGCCGACAACGAGAAAGUGAACCUUUCAGAGAUUGAGCCAAUUCCUCUUCCUCUGGAGCCUCAAAUCAAGAUUAGAGGCAUCAUCCCCGAGACAGCAACACUCUUUAAGAGUGCACUGAUGCCAGCCAAGCUGAUCUUCAAGGCUGAGGAUGGAGCCAUGUAUCCAGUCAUUUUCAAACAUGGAGACGACCUGAGACAGGACCAGCUCAUCCUGCAGAUCAUCUCACUCAUGGACAAACUUCUGAGAAAAGAGAAUCUGGACCUGAAGUUGACUCCUUACAAAGUUUUGGCAACCAGCACCAAGCACGGUUUUAUGCAGUUUGUCCAGUCUGUUCCUGUUGCUGAAGUCCUGGCUACUGAAGGCAACAUCCAGAGCUUCUUUAGAAAACAUGCACCAAGUGAAAAAGGUCCAUACGGCAUCAGUUCUGAGGUGAUGGACACCUAUGUUAAAAGCUGUGCUGGUUACUGUGUCAUCACAUACAUCCUGGGAGUAGGAGACCGACAUCUUGACAAUCUGCUACUGACAAAGACCGGGAAGCUCUUCCACAUCGACUUUGGCUACAUCCUGGGCAGAGACCCCAAACCGCUGCCUCCACCCAUGAAGCUGAGUAAAGAGAUGGUGGAGGGGAUGGGAGGCAUGCAGAGUGAACAGUACCAGGAGUUCAGGAAGCAGUGCUACACUGCCUUCCUGCAUCUCAGGAGAUACUCCAACCUGAUCCUGAAUUUGUUCUCUCUCAUGGUGGAUGCCAACAUCCCUGACAUUGCUCUGGAACCUGACAAGACUGUUAAGAAGGUGCAGGACAAAUUUCGAUUGGACCUGUCAGAUGAGGAGGCGGUUCAUUACAUGCAGAGUCUGAUCGAUGAGAGUGUGGGUGCUUUGUUUGCCGCUGUAGUCGAGCAGAUACACAAGUUUGCUCAGUACUGGCGUAGAUGAGCAGAUACUUCUGAGAGGAGAAUGAAGAUUGAACGCACGGCUGAUGACGUGACUGAAGCAGUGUGCGAGAGAACGAAGUGAAGAAACGCAUCGACACUGUAAAAAAUAAAAAAAGGCCAAGAAUGCACUGCCAACUUUCACUGCAAGACGGCUAAACAGGGACAUGAAUACCUUUGUUUGCUUGUGUAUAUAUCAUGUAUAUUAAUUAUUGAAUGAAUGAACUGUAUCGCCAAAUAAAAGACUAUUGAUAGAA